AUGGAUCCAGUCAUUCGAUUUGAAAUGGAAAAUGCCAGAAAACAACUCAGUCAAGAGCAAAAGGCAUCCAGUGGCCGGUCUUGGAUAUCGGCGUUCAAAGAGCUAUUAAUGACCCGUCAAAAUCUGCGCCGCAUUGGCUUUGUUAUUACCUUACAGCUCCUUAGCCAAUGGUCUGGCCCAAACUCGGUUACAACAUAUGCCCCGGAGCUGUUUAGUCUCUUCGGUAUCACUGGACAAAAUGAAAAGCUUUUUGUCACGGCAAUAUUUGGGCUGGUCAAGCUUGUCGCGGCAUUCUUCGGCGCGGUUUUGCUCAUCGAUAAACUGGGCCGGAAGAAGACACUCUACAUUGGCAUCACUCUUCAGCUCGUGGCUCUCAUAUAUGAUUCAAUUUUCUUGACCGUUUACUCACAUAUCUCUGAUUCUACCCGCUCAUCUGGUCCUGCUGUGCAUGCUGCAGUUGGGUCCAUUGUUUUUAUGUACUUUAUCGGCGUUGGCUGGGCGAUGGGAUGGAAUUCUAUCCAGUACCUCGUCACGGCCGAAACAUUUCCUUUACGUGUUCGCCUAAGUAGUGCAAGCCUAGUGACUUGCAUUCAUUUUGGUGACCGAAUUGGCAACGCCGUCGAUGCUAUUGAACUCAGCUUUAACACCAGCUGGAAAAUUUUGGUUCUUUUCGGGUAUUACGUUCUUGGGAUUAAUAUUUGCCAUUAUAUGGCUCCCUGA